AUGGCUGUUCCAGCUGACAAGAGCCCGAUGGAUGACUCCCACUUCGCUGACGCUGAGAAGGAACUCUCCAAUGACAAACUGGCUGGGUUUGAGGACCCAGACGCGGGCCUGAGCGAGGAGGAGAGAGCGAAGCUGGUUUGUAACCCUAGCAUUGUCACAUGCAGUCCUGCUGCAGAAACUCAGCGUAAUGCAAUAAAAUGCACUACCAAUGCAGGUACUAACUCCCGAUUUACCCUGCCAGGAUCGCCAGCUGCGUUUUGGAAAAAAAGAACAAAUAUUGGCAAUGCGAAGAUCGACGGCCUCGAUAAGGACCUGAAGAUGAGUCCAAAUGAAUAUAACAACACCUUGACCAUUUUCUUCGCAUCAUACGCAGUCUUCGAGCCCUUGACCAACGUCUUGCUCAAGCGACUGCGCCCGAGUAUAUUUAUCCCAAGUAUUAUGAUUGCAUGGGUGCGUACGCCUUCUGAACCCUCCUCCCGGCAGCGACGUAUCGAGUCAGUCUCUGAUGGAUAUUGGCGAUUUCAGGGUAUCUGCAUGACCCUGAUGGGCGUUGUGCAUAAUUACGCCGGCUUGAUGGCCGUCCGGUUCUUUCUAGGUCUAUGCGAAGCUGGUCUGUUCCCAGGCGUGGGCUACUUCCUCUCGUGCUGGUACAAGCGAUCCGAAUUCGGGGUGCGCUUCGCUAUAUUCUUCUCUGCAGCUGCACUGGCCGGCUCUUUUGGUGGGUUGCUUGCCGCCGCGAUCUCCAAAAUGGACGGCAUCGGGGGUAAGGCAGGCUGGGCGUGGAUCUUCAUUCUGGAAGGACUGGCCACCUUCGUGAUUGGCGUAGCCUCCUUUUGGUGCGUCUAUGAUUUUCCUGAUCAGGCGAAGUUCUUAUCACCGGACGACCGGGCUCGCGUCCUUCGACGCUUAGCGCUCGAUCAGCAGUCCAGUGCAGAGCAUGAGGAAUUCAAGAUGAAGUACCUUUGGGCCAGUCUGAAGGAUUGGAAAACUUACACGGGAGCAAUCAUCUACAUGGGCGCAGACGGGGCUCUUUACGCCUUCUCGCUCUUUACUCCCACGAUCAUCAACGAACUGCACAACUUCUCAGCGUCCCCCCCCUAUGCCGCUGCUGCGAUCCUCACCGUCACUGUCGGGUUCAUCGCAGACCGCACCCGACAACGUGGUAUUUGCAACAUUCUUGUAUCAUUGAUUGGCAUUGUAGGCUUUUGCAUGUUGAUUGGCUGUGAGUCUGCCGGAGCGCGCUAUGCAGGGACCUUCCUAGGUGCCAUGGGCAUUUAUCCGGCGAUUGCCAACACCAUCUCUUGGUCUAGUAACAAUAUAGAAGGCAAGUUGCCAUGGAACACCAUCCGCUGCGUUGGCUAA